AUGGACAGGGGAAACCAAACCACUGUCUCAGAAUUCCUCCUCCUGGGACUGUCCUACUGGGCGGAGCAGCGGCAGCUGCUCUUCAUGCUGUUCCUCUGGAUGUACCUGCUCGGGUUCCUGGGGAGCCUGCUCAUCGUUCUGGCCAUCGGCUCCGACCCGCACCUGCACACCCCCAUGUACUUCUUCCUCACCAACCCCUCCCUGGCCGACAUCUGUCUCCUGUCCACCACAGUCCCCAAGAUGCUGGUCAACAUUCAGACCCACAGCAAAUCCAUAUCCUACCCUGGCUGCCUGGUGCAAGUGUAUUUCUUCAUUCUCUUCAUAAGUCUGGACCACUUUCUCCUCACUGGAAUGGCUUAUGACCGCUACGGGGCCAUAUGCCACCCCCUCCACUACCCCACCAUCAUGAGCCCAUGGCUCUGUGCCCUGAUGGUAACUGCGUCCUGGAUUGUCAGCAGUCUCCAUGCUCUGACACAUACUUUAAUGGUACUUCGAAUAUCCUUCUGUGCAGACAAUAAAAUCUAUCACUUCUUCUGUGAGCCUAUCCAGAUCAUAAACCUUUCCUGCACUGAUCCACUCAUCAAUGAAAUAUUACUCUUUGUUCUUGCAGCUCUGUUAGGGCUAGGUCCCCUCACGGGCCUUCUGUUCUCUUACAAUUGGAUUUUCUCCACUAUUGUGAGAAUCCCAUCUGCCAGGGGAAGAUAUAAAGCUUUCUCCACCUGUAGCUCUCAUCUGUCCGUGGUCUCUUUGUUCUAUGGUACUGGCAUUGGGGUCUACCUCAGCCCCCGGUCCACCCACACGGCCAGGAAAGAAUCUAUAUCGUCGGUGAUGUACUCGGUGGUGACCCCCAUGCUGAACCCUUUCAUCUACAGCCUGAGGAACAAGGACAUCAAAGGGGCCCUGAGAAAAUUCAUCAGUUACUCCAAGCCUGCAAUCCUAGCCCAGCAAGACUACAUCAGGAGGAGUUCCCCACCACAAAGCUCAUCCCCCAAGGGUACAGAGGAGGUGGACUGCGUAUGCAAAGUACAUUGCUCGACAGACCUCAAGACAAUCGGCACCGGAGAACUUCCUUCAUACUACUCCGAUAUUGGGACUAAAGCGUGUUUCAACCCACCUCCUUGA